AUGGGAAUUUACACUAGAACUUACAGAAUAUUCACAGAAUGGAAUUUGCGCACAUGUCUAGAUUCGUCGAGUGAUACCAUUCAUCACAACGCUAUUAUACCUCCUUCACGCACUAUACGCGUUGCUUGGACUCCUCCUGCUCCGGGUGUACUCAAACUCAAUUUUGAUGGGUCAGUUCGACACUACUCUGGAACAGCAGGGGUUGUUAUUCGGGACCACCUAGGUAAUAACGUAAUCAGUAGAUCCUACAAUGGAACUUCUUCUCCUCUCCUUGCGGAAGCUAUGGCUCUUCGUAACGGCCUCCAAUUAGUAGUUGAGCAUAACAUUCGUCACAUUUUUAUAGAAGGUGAUAACUUACUGAUCAUUAAUAUUUUACAAGGUCGAGCCCUGCAAUGCCCAUGGAAGAUUCAGAUGCUAAUGAAAGAUAUCAAUCAACUUUUAGAACAUUUUGAGACUUCUUCCUCGCGCCAUAUUUAA